AUGUGUAGAGGCAAAAAAAAAAAAAAAAAAAAGAGAACUACUAUUACUAGUCUUGUGAUGAGAUCUCCACCAAUGAACAAAUCAAAUAAAGUAAAAAAACCUUCAGUAGCUAAAGUUUCAACUAAAGCUGCCCCAUCAUCACUCAAAGCUCAGGAAGCUAAGAGGAAACAAGUUUUCCGUCCAAUCCUCGAUAACCCAUUUACGCAAUCAAACCAAUGGCCAUUUAUAGAACCUAAUGUUGGAAAUGAUAUUGUUGAUCUACUAGAAGUUUUGCUAAAAACAAAGCAAGGCUUUAAAUACCAUGGGUUUAAUCCAACUGUAUCUUCUCUUGAAAAGCAGGCUGCUGCUAAUCGUGGUAUACAUAAGAAUGCUUGUGUGCAAAUAAAGUAUGUGUUUGUGUGCAAGUACGAUAUAUCUCCGGCAAUGCUAACGAAUAUGUUUCCUACAUUAUGUUUUACAGCUUCUAAAAAUGCCCAAGAUCGAGUUAAACUAAUCCAGUUACCAAGAGGAAGUCUCGAGCGAUUAUCUAAAGCACUUGGAGUGGAUAGAGUUGGGAUAUUUGGUCUAACGGAAGAUACUGAAGGGGCACGGCCGUUAUUUGAUCUUAUAGACAAAAAUGUCAAAGAUAUUGAAGUUCCUUGGCUAGAGUGCAUUUUCAGUGGAGAGAUGGUGUUUAAUAAGCCAAACAUAAAGCAUGUGGCAACGACGAUUGGUAACAAGCAAGGUAAGUAG